CACAGUUCUCUGUCUCACCGCAGACUGCAUGCUGAAGUCCUUCAGAGUACUUCCACGUUUCAAGGUAUGGUAGUGAAAAUGAACUGUCAGGAGGAUGUCACUGGCGCUUGUCCAGGGAACUGCUGGUCAGAGAAUUUUAUGUCCAAUGUGAUCACUCUUCUUGGAUUAUACAUCUGGAAACUGGAGAUGGCAUUUUCUGCUAUUUACUUUUUGGAUAACAAAGGGCAGGUUCUUAUCUCACGCAAUUACCGAGGAGAUGUUGAAAUGUCAGUGAUCGAGAAGUUCAUGCCUUUACUUCUAAACAAUGAGGAGGAUGGAGCCUUGUGUCCUAUUUUAAAGCAAGGCCAAGUCUAUUUUCUAUGGAUUAAGUACAAAGACAUCUACAUGGUAUGUACAAUAAAGAGAAACACCAACAUUUCGUUGUCAUUUUCAUUUCUCUUCAAAGUAAAGCAGAUUUUGAUAGAGUACUUUGGAGAUCUUGAACAGGAGAGUAUAAAAGACAAUUUUAUUCUAAUCUAUGAGCUGCUUGACGAGAUUAUGGACUUUGGUUAUCCGCAGAUCACUGAAACCACGAUCCUGCAGGAAUAUAUCACACAGGAAGGCUACAAAUUGAAGAAAGGGGCACCUAGACCCCCAGCUGCUGUAACCAAUGCUGUAUCCUGGAGAUCAGAAGGAAUCAAAUAUCGCAAGAAUGAAUUUUUCAUGGAUAUCAUUGAGUCAAUUAACCUCCUGGUUAAUACACGUGGCUGUAUUGUCCACAGCGAGAUUCUGGGACAAAUUCUGAUUAAUUGCUGCCUGAGCGGGAUGCCUGAAGUCAGCUUAGGCUUCAAUGACAAUGCUCUUUUCAACCAGAAUUCAAUAAAUGCUAACAUGGUGGACUUUGAAGAUAUAAAAUUUCAUUCGUCUGUUCGGCUAUCUCGCUUUGAGAAUGAACGCGUCAUCUCCUUCAUCCCACCAGACAAGGAGUUUGAACUGAUGUCCUAUCGAGUUACCAACCGAGUCAGACCAUAUAUAGUGGUUGAAGCAGCUCUACAGAAAUACUCACAUAGCAGAAUGGAGAUCACAACAAAGGUUAAAGGACAAUUCAAGAACAACAUUAUGGCUACAGACGUUGAGAUUAUUAUCCCUGUCCCCAGUGAUGCUUCAUCCCCAAGAUUCAGCACUGUUAAGGGUUCUGUAGAAUGGGUACCCGAGGACAGUGCCAUCAUCUGGACUAUAAAUUCAAUUAAAGGAGGGAAAGAAUUUGUAAUGAAGGCACAUCUGGGAUUACCGAGUGUAGAGGCUGAGGAACCUGAAGCGAAACCUCCAAUCAGAGUGAAUUUCAAAAUCCAGUACCUAGCCGCAUCCGGUCUACAGAUCAAAUACGUGCGAAUAAUAGAAAAGGGACGCUAUGAGGCAACUUCCUGGGUUCGAUGCCUAACAAAAAGUGGAGAUUUUCAGAUUCGCAUAUAAAAUACAAAUUUGACAAGUUUCUGAAGAAGAUUGGGAGGAUUCCAAGCCUGGACGUUGUUCAUAAGAAGUUCACUGUUGUCUGAAACUCUGAAACAAAGGUCCUUGGUACAUGCUUCAUUUUAGAUUAAGUAUGAAACAGCACAGAUUUAAAAAAAAUAAAUAGAAUAAUUUUAUUUUGGAGAAAGGAUAGUCAUUUCAUCUAGUUCCGAAUUACAUGUCUAUAGGCCACCAGGAUCUGAAUACAGCCUCAGGUUUGCACUACUUUGACAAUGUGAAAAUACUUGUUCAUUAAACAAGUACGCAUGCACACGGCUAUUGCUAUCUGAUGGUGGUUUUUAUAUGUUAGUUGCCCUGGUACGAUGUUGCUUUACCACUUUGUGCUUGUUCUUCCAUUAAUAAUUAUGGUGUUCUGAAAAUGCGUGUGUUAUGCCUUCUGGGUAUGUACAAAAGGCAACAGUGGGAGCGGCACUUGUUUUGAAGAGGAACCUGUUUAGAUCUUACCACAACAGUACAAGGUAGUAGCUUGUUUUCAAAGUGAAAUCAGGGAUGGGGCUUAUUAGUGACACCAACAUGCUCUAAAAGUGCAGCAUUGUUAAAUAGUACAAUUCCCUGCUAUA